AUGCCACGACCUCCCCUCACUUCCCAUUCGGCGCCGGGGAGCAUUAGAAACAGCGUGUCGAGCAUGAGUGGACUGGGAUACAACUACCCACCUUUGAAUAGGAAACCAAGUGUGCCGCUGUCCCAGUAUGCCCCUCGGAUUUCUAAUAUUAGCGAGAAUGCCUGGGUCUACCAAAAAGUGAUAUUACUCCACGGCACAAUUGGCGAUCCGGCGAUGCAGGCCAUUGACGGCACCGUCAGCGUUACCCGACUGGACGAUUCGUUCCCCCAAGUCAACUGGCCAGUAUGCAGCUCCCACUUCAAGGCCCUCGUCUACCUCCAACCCGGCGCCAACCGGAUACGCCUCGAGUUCACGAACCCCAAGCUUCGAUCCUCCGCCCCCGUACACGUCUCCUGCCUCACAUUGCACAUGCUGCCUCCCACGAGCUCUCCGCCGUUACAGCUUGCCAUCCUCGUGGCCAAAGACUCACCCGAAACGUUCGAUGCGAUGCCGGCGCGAAUCGAGAGAGAAGGGAACGAUCUGGAUCUCGCGGUGCGGAAAUUUCGAAUGGCGGCAUAUUUGUGGCAAGCUUUUACAGCGGAACAAAUGUUUAGGAAUAGAUUGGGAAGGCGGGCGUUCCGGUUCGAAGAGGAGUGGACGCUGGGGAGCUCGACCUACCGCGACGCCGAUCUCUGCACGAUGCGGUCGGAGGCGAAGGUGCAUAUUAUCCGAACAGACAAGACGGUCGAGGAGAUCCGGGACCUCGACAAGGCCCAGCAAUACAAUAAGGCAACGAAGAAGAACGCCCUGUUCGACAUUGCCGCCGAAGCCGUCAAAAAUUAUUUCAAGCCGCUACCGGGCCAGAAACAGUACGUCAGCGUAUUAAUCCUCGACGCGCAUUGGGACACGGAAGCCAAGACCAUCCGGGGUCACGCGGCGCUCGGCGGUUCGGCGGGGGCCAAUCUGCAACUUGCCGUAUUCGGCUCACACUGUCUCCAGAGCUACCCCGCCAGUUUCGAGGAGGUGGUGCCGGCGUUUACGGACUGCACUCCGACGGAUACCAAUCACGUCGCCAACGACUGCAACCAGGCGGGGAGUUCGUGGGAGGCGGCGAACAUCGGCAUCGGCGCGCACCUCCACGAGGUGGGCCACCUUUUCGGCUGCCCGCACCAGGAGAGCGGGGUUAUGCUCCGGGAUUACGUUACGCUCAACAGGUCGUUCGUGGCUCGCGAGGCGUACUGCACGCGGACUCGGUCUAGGGGCGGCCCCGUGGCUAUGGAGGACGAGUGUAAAUGGCACCGGCUCGAUUGUCUCCGGUUCAGGAGCCAUCCGUGCUUCAGGCUGCCGAACGAUCCCGUGCUGCACCCGGAUAGCAGCGUCCAGACGUACCCUGUCGAUAAUAAUAGCGUGGCGAUCAUGGCCACCACGGGCAUUUCGUUCCUCGAAGUGUUCACCGAUGGCGACGACGUUUGCCGUACGUGGAUAGAGUACCCCGUCGAAAACGGCAUACCGCAGCGUCAGAUCGUCCUAAGCGAGCAAGACCUCCGGGCCCGCGUCCCGGAAGGGAAACGUGUUACUAAGCUUAAGGUGUGCGCCAAGUCGUACGGCGGGGGCAGCGUCGACAUCCCGGACUUCAAGGCAUUCUGCUCCAAGGAGUCGGCCGUCAAGCUCGGGAGUACGGGCCGGUUGGGCUUCCGCGGGCAGAAGGUGGGGUUGUCGAGGCUCAAGGGGAGCGUGCCGCAGGAGGUUGUGUUCAUGCCGAGGGAGUCGAAGGGGCAGAGUAGGGUUGUGUCGAAGAUUGUUGUGUUUCAUGGGAAGGCUGUGGAUGGGUUGGAAUUUAUUUUCGAUGAUGGGUCGGUGGAGAUGUUUGGGAAGAAGGGCGGGAAGCCCGGGGGUGAUAUUUUCGAAUUCGAUAUCCGGCGCGGGGAGUACCUGACCGGUUUCCAUGUGAGGUCCGGGGCGUGGUUAGAUGGAAUCCAGAUCCUGACGAGCGUGGGGAGGAAGUCGCCGAUUUUUGGCAACAGUCAGGGCGGAUCACCACAAACACUAAUACCCCCAAGCGGCUACAACGUCGCCGGUGUAUCCGGCACAUGCGGCUCGUGGGUUGACGGCUUCUCAUUGAUCGUCUCGAGGUAG